UAAAAAUGUUAUACACAGGCUUGACUCACUUGACAUUGAAGUGCAUUUGCAUAAUGAGAAGAACAUUAUCCCAACAUCAUCCACUUUGAUUGUCUUCAGUUUUGGUUUGCUUUGGACCUUGGAGGGAGCGGCAGAAGUAGAAGUCUUGAUUUUAGAGCAAUCUUUCUCAAUUCACGGCCAUCUAUACAUAAUCCACCAUUUCACCAAUUCACAACCAUUCGAGAGAGAAAGCCAAAAGUCCAAAAGAGAUAGAGAACUCAGAAUAGAUAAUAAUGGAAGACUUGCUUAAGAUAGGUGAAAUCUACUACAACUCAGGCUCUUCAGACUUAAAAGACUUGGCUCACAAUUUCUUCAAAUCACUCGACUUCGAUGGUGACAACAAGGUCAGUCUCCAUGAGUUCUUGGGUUUCAUGAGGCAACAUGGUCACACCAAAAUGAGCAGUAGACACUUCUUCAAAGAACUUGACAAGGACUCUAAUGGAAGUCUUGAGUUCAUGGAAGUUAUGGGUCUUUACUAUAUUAUUAAAAGUGGUAGGCCUUUCUGUGAGGGCUGUGAUUCAUUCAUACCAACCACGUUUUUCACUUGCUCUAAAUGCUUUGACCGUGCUGACAAGCCUUUCUGUGUUUGCACUGCUUGCUUUGGUAAUGGAAAGUUUAUUCAUGAGCAUGGUCUGGACUGUUUUUUGGAUAACUAUGCUUUGCUUGAAGCUAAGAGGAAGGAGGCUAUGGGCAAGAGAAUGGCUGCUCAUGCAAGCCCUGAUAAUAAGCCAAGCUCCACAGUUACCUUUACUGAAAUUCAACAAUCAGCUUCUCCAUCGAACAAUACAUCCACUGCAAUGGUUCUAUUUAACCCUGAACAGAAUCCAUUGAUCCAUCUACACAGAUUUGUUCAGGGAGCUAUCAAUGCGACUGUACAUGCCAUUAGCAAUUGCAAUAUUAUGUGAAAACUCCCAAGCAAUGUUUUCUCUUCAUGCUAAGUACUUUGUUUCAAAUGUUUUUUUUUUUUUUUUAAUUAUCAUUGGUGUGUAAGACUUAUUUUGUGUGUUAGAAGUGUAAUCGGAAGCUUGAAUCCUUAAAAAUUAGUGUUUUAACCAAAAAAAUUAUUAAAUUUGGAAG